AGCAGGAAGGGCUGGGCGCAGGGUUGCUGGGCGGAGAGGAGCCGGCGACUGCUGCAGCGGCCCGCACCAUGUCCGCGCGCAACCGGGGCACGGAGCUGGACCUUAGCUGGAUCUCCAAAGUGCAGGUGAAUCAACCCGCCGUUCUGAGGCGCGCAGAACAAAUCCAGGCUCGCAGAACCGUGAAGAAGGAGUGGCAGGCUGCUUGGCUCCUGAAAGCUGUUACCUUUAUAGAUCUUACUACACUUGCAGGCGAUGACACAUCUUCCAACGUUCAAAGGCUCUGUUAUAAAGCCAAGUAUCCAAUCCGGGAAGAUCUCCUAAAAACUUUAAACAUGCAUGAUAAAGGCCUCACGACCGCGGCCGUUUGUGUUUAUCCCGCGAGGGUGUGUGAUGCGGUUAAAGCGCUGAAGGCCGCAGGCUGUACCAUCCCCGUGGCUUCAGUGGCCACUGGCUUUCCAGCUGGACAGACUCGUUUAAAAACACGAUUAGAAGAGAUCAGAUUGGCUGUGGAAGAUGGAGCUAUGGAAAUCGAUGUGGUGAUUAAUAGGACAUUGGUGCUGACAGGCCAGUGGGAAGCCCUGUAUGAUGAGAUCCGUCAGUUUCGCAAGGCCUGUGGGGAGGCUCAUCUGAAAACCAUCUUAGCAACAGGAGAACUUGGAUCUCUUACUAAUGUCUAUAAAGCCAGUAUGAUAGCAAUGAUGGCAGGAUCAGAUUUUAUUAAGACCUCUACUGGAAAAGAAACAGUAAAUGCCACUUUCCCGGUAGCGAUAGUAAUGCUACGGGCCAUUAGAGAUUUCUUCUGGAAAACUGGAAACAAGGUAGGCUUUAAACCAGCAGGAGGCAUCCGCAAUGCCAAGGAUUCCCUUGCUUGGCUCUCUCUCGUGAAGGAAGAGCUGGGCGAUGAAUGGCUGACGCCAGAACUCUUUCGAAUAGGCGCCAGUACGCUGCUUUCGGACAUUGAGAGACAGAUUUACCAUCACGUGACUGGAAGAUAUGCGGCCUAUCAUGAUCUUCCCAUGUCUUAAAUCAGUGAGCAGUUCCAGGAGAGUUCUUUAUAGCAAUGUUUAAAAUGUGUUUUUCUAUGUAAUUGCGAAAAUUGUUUGAUUAAAAUGUGAGAGAAUGGAUAGGUAACUGACUUUUUUUCCCUUAAAACUUUCACUGAAUUUAAUUCAAAGAGUGAAAG